CUGGAUUUCUUGAUCGAUCAUGUACAGCGCAUCGCAAUGGGCGGCCGUCGGCCUUUCCCUCGUUGUCUGCGGCGUGGCAUUCUUCUACGCGGACGAGCUCGCCCGCCUCAUCCCCGCGGAUAAAAUUAGCUCGACAUCGGCCUUCACGGACGCGGAACAUGCUCUCUUCCUCGCUUCCAUGCAGUAUCACGCACGAGGCAAGCCACACCAUUCCAAGAAUCGGUUAGCGUUCUGCUGCUCGGCCGACGUGGAUGUCAGCAUCCGCGCGACUGACCUGAUGGACAAAUUUGACCACAGUCACGAUAUCCAACCUCGCCACCACGAACGCAUCAACUCGAAUGUCGAACUUAUGGAGAGCUUCGGACACUACUUUUCGCAAGGCGCUGCUGCCGAGCAGAGCAUGUCUUCCGCCGAAGCAUUCCGUAAAGUCGUCACGCUCGCUAAGUCGAUUCCGACAGUUGAGUCGUCGUUGGGUGGAAAUGCCGCACAGAUGGCUCAGCGUGCUGCUUAUGAAGGCAACGAGGUCCUACUUGGGGGAGCCGUCGGUGCCGACAUGCGAGCGCUGUUCCAUCCGAAGGUUCAAGUUGUUGGCAGCGUCGAUGAGGGAGGCCAUGAGGACGUGCAUCUUGUGCUCGAAUAUGCCAAGGGCGAUGCGUUCAACAACCUGGUCUCGCCCCGGGCGAAUAGAUAUUACCUAAACCACGACGUGUACAACGCCCGGCUAUCUGUCUUGGAGGAUUUCGACAAGGCUCUCGAGUCGUUCAAGCCCAACAUGGUUGUUAUUGGAGGUCUGCAACUGAUGGAAGUCGAAACGGACGAAGAUAGGCGAUACAAGCGGCUCCAGGAUUUGUCGGCGAUGCUCCAGCGCAUCACAUCGACUAAAUCGACCUUGGCGCAUUAUGAAUUUGCCGCUGCGUCGGAUUUCACGCUCUUCGACGAUACGGUCAAGUUGGUGCUGCCUUACGUUCACUCCGUGGGAUUCAACGAACAAGAGCUUGCUAUUUUGCACCACUUUCUCGUCACAGGCGAAGAACUCGUCACGACGUCUUCGCGCCCCAGUGUGUCCAUGGUGACGUCGCAAUUGGCCGACGUCAUUGCGUAUGCCGCCAAAGCCGCGGCGCUCCACAAGGCCGAUCCUUCCGCUGUGGCCCCGUUGCAUCGCUUGACGCGGCUGCACUUCCACACGCUGCAGUUUCAUAUACUGUGCCAGAAACGAGACAGCGGGUGGCAAAACCCCAUGACAGCACUCAUGCAAGCGGCGCUUAUCAGUUCCAAGUUGGCGUGCGGGGAUCGGACCCGAGGACUCCAAGGCGCCGAUAUUUCAAUCGCCCCGUCUUUGGUCGAGAUUUUGCUACCUCGAUCAACGCCGUUGACGUCGAGCAUCACGUGGGAUAUCGACCCUCGGUCUCCUACUGCCACGUGGACGGAAGGUGAUUUUCAAUGCUUCAUUGUACCCAUGCUAGCGUGCAAGAAACCCGAUCACACGUGUGGGCUGGGCGACAACAUUUCUGGCAUGGGCAUGGCAUAUCACGGCCACGAGUUUCCAUCCACUGACGAUCAGUAAGACAGUUACCACAAACAAUAACGUGUGGUUCACGCCAUCAUCUUGGGGAA